AAAAAAUAGCUCAGCCUCACUCUGCCUCAGGCUCAGGUGUGUUCCAGCAUCAACGUUGCGCGUUUUUCAGUGGCACGUGGGGUGCGGUUACGUCUCCGGGACUCUCCUCAUCUAUUUGGUAUAAACGACAUUCUGGUGUUAAAGAAUGGCUCUUCAAGGUGGACCGCCAUUCAAGAAGUUCAGGGCUGACAACAAUGGAUUGAUUCCUAAGCAAUUACCUUCUUCAAACCCUUUAAAAAAUGCCUAUUCUGUCAAUCAGCUGAAUGGAGUGGUAUUACCAACAAGCAAUAUAUCAUUGAAAAAGCUGACUCAAAGUGGGAACACAUGUAUUAAUGGAACAUAUACGAACAAUGGAAAGUCUUUAAAAACAUUAAGUGAUAAGUCCAAGGAGCUAAUGAAACAAAGAAAAGGUUUGCCAAUCUAUGAAGUGAAAAAGGAUCUUGUGAAUUAUCUAAGAAAAAAUGAAACUAAUAUCCUUAUUGGAGAAACUGGGAGUGGAAAAACCACCCAGGUGCCACAGUUCCUGCAUGAAGAAGCUCUUUUAAAGAACGGCAGUGUGGUUAUAACACAACCCCGAAGAGUUGCUGCUAUCAGUGUGGCCACCCGAGUUGCUGAAGAGGUAGGCUGUAACCUCGGAGGUUUGGUAGGAUAUUCUGUACGAUUUGAAGAAAUGGUUUCUGAUAAAACCAGAAUAAAGUUUGCCACUGAUGGUAUGGUCCUUCGUGAAGCCAUGCUUGAUCCACUUUUGAAACGUUACUCAUGGGUUGUUCUAGAUGAGGCCCAUGAGAGAACUAUCAACACAGAUAUCCUUUUUGGUAUUGUGAAGAAAGCACAGAGGAUACGUAAAGAAAAAGGGAAAGAACCACUGCACAUAUUGAUCAUGUCUGCAACCAUGAAUGCAGAAAAAUUUAGUUCCUACUUCAAUGACUGCCCUGUUCUUAUGGCAGAGGGCCGUGAACAUAAACUUGACAUUAACUUCACUAAUGAAAAGCAAGAUGACUAUGUACUAUCAUGCCUCAGCACAGUUGUACAAAUACACCAGGAAGCUCCUGUGUCUGAUGGCAUUCUGGUAUUUUUGACAGGGCAAGAAGAAAUAGAUAAUGCUUGUCUGGCAAUGAGCAAAAUUGUCAAGAGAAUGGAUUCGCAAAACUGCCUAGCAAUGAAAAUAUGCCCCUUGUAUGCAUCAUUACCUCAGCAUUUACAAAUGGAUGUUUUCCAAGCUCCUCCUCUCAAGGAACGUAGAGUAAUAUUUAGCACCAACAUUGCAGAAGCUUCAGUCACAAUUCCUGGUAUUCGCUAUGUUGUAGAUUCAGGCAAAGCAAAAAUAAGAACAUUCAAUCCAAGUACUGGAUUUGAUGUACUCAAAGUUCGACAGAUAUCACAAGCACAGGCCUGGCAAAGAGCUGGACGGGCUGGACGAGAAGCCAAUGGAACUUGCUAUCACACUUACACUGAAGCUCAGUUUGAGAAAAUGACGAUGAUGCCGUCUCCUGAAAUUCAUAGAUCAAACUUAUCUACUGUUGUUCUUCAGUUGUUGUCAGUUGGAGUUACUGAUGUAAUGUCAUUUGAUUUUAUGGACCGACCACGUCAAGACUCAUUGUUAAAGGCAAUUGAGCAGCUGCUUCUGCUAGAGGCGGUGAAGAAACUGCCUUCUGGGGAACUUCAACUCACUGAAGAUGGCAGAAAGAUGGCAUCAUUCCCCAUCGAUCCUCGUUAUUCAAAAAUUCUCCUCAUGGGACCCAAGUACAAGUGCACACAUGAGGUGUUAUCAAUUGUGUCAAUGUUGUCGGGAGAGCAAGUUCUUACCACUCCUUCUGGCAAGAUGCGACAUGUUGCCGUUGCAAAACACAAGAAGCUUGCCUCUGUAGAAGGCGAUCAUCUCACCAUGCUGAAAAUUUACCAGGCUUUCAAGGCAUCCAAACAGAAUAAGGCUUGGUGUCAUGAGAACUUCCUGAACUACCGCAACCUUGUGUACAUCACGUCCAUUAGGAAGCAGCUGUCAGAACUCUGUGUCAAGGCUGGGCUGGAGAUGCUCUCGUCCAGCGACAACAUGGACGACAUCAGACGGUGUUUGCUGACUGGCAUGUUCAUGAACGUGGCAGAGCUCCAGCCUGACCGCAAGUACCUGACAUUGGCUCACCACGACCAAGCCCAAAUCCAUCCUUCUAGCGUGCUCUUCAACAGCCACUCCUCAUACGUACUCUACAACGAGGUCAUUCACACCGCCAACUCCUACAUGCACUGCGUGUCAUGGGUCGCACCUGAAUGGCUCUAUGAAGUCGCUCCUGAGUACUUUAGGACUCAUCACAUUAAAGCUAAUGCCGCUGUAUAUGCCAAGAAGAAAUAAAUGUCUAUAUGGUUGAGUA